ACGACUCUUUUUAAAUUUAUUAAAAAAAACAUUUUUGAAACGCAACAUUCCAACUUAUACAAUGACCCGAGUAUUAGUGUUGAUAUGUUUUACAUUUAUCGUACUUUUCAUUUUUGUCGAUUGUCGAAGUGGCGGUCGAAGAGGUUUUGGAAAAAUGCGUGGCAGAAUUUUUAAUUCACAUAUUCCACCAGUUAUUCAACAUCGAAAUCCAGCAUCGCAAAAUUAUUAUGAGCAUAAAGAUGGUGCAAAAAUUGUGAAAUCAUCACACUUUGAAUUAGACUAUAUGUUGGGAAGAAAAAUUACAUUUUUCUGUAUGGCUAAAGGGUUCCCAAGGCCAGAAAUUACUUGGUUUAAAGAUGGUAUUGAGUUGUAUUCUCAUAGAUUUUUUCAAGUGCAUGAGUGGCCAAUUGGUAAUGACACAAUAAAAUCUAAAAUGGAAAUUGAUCCAACUACACAAAAAGAUGUUGGAUAUUAUGAGUGUCAAGCAGAUAAUCAAUAUGCAAUUGAUCGACGUGGCUUUCGAACUGAUUAUGUAAUGAUGACGUACUAAAAUUUUUAUA